ACUCCUCUGCCCCUCGCUCUUUCUCUGCAUGAUAUCCACAGUCAAUAGAUUCAGCCCUAGGCAAACAAAAUCACUUUCCUCUGUUUCAUUCCCCAAAUGACUCGUUACUCCAAUCACGACCAUCGUCGUCUUCUCUCUUCUCCAGCUGUAUUCCCAUGCCAAGACAUCUCUCCCGCCACUCUUCUCACGUCUUUGGUUUCUCUCUCCCUCGAUGUCUGUAACUUUCAAUGCAGGCUCUUCCCCACUCAGCGACGGAAUGCCAGAGAAGCCAUACGCCAGGUCGGUAUUAUCCUUAUCUUUCUCCAGGAACUUCCAGAAAUCCCACAACAAUCCCCUGUUCUCUGCUUCUCCGAGCUCCACUAUAGCUUCCAGAAGAUUCUGUUCUUGCUUCAAGAUUGUACUCGUAAGGGUGCCAGGUUAUGGAUGCUCAUGAAAUUACAAUACGUUGCCUCCCAAUUUCGGGUUCUGAUUCGUGGGCUUGCCACUGCUCUUGACGUAUUGCCUCUGCAUCGGAUUGAGGUUUGUGGUGAGGUGAAGGAAUUGGUGGAACUAGUAGCCAACCAAGCUCGGAAGGUGAAAUUCGAAGUUGACCCUGAGGACGAAGAGAAUUCAAAACUUGUUCAUUCAAUUUUGCGUCAGUUUGAGAAGGGAAUUGAACCUGCCUUAGCUGACAUUAAGCGAGUUUUAGAUUAUCUAGACAUAAAGAGUUGGACUGAUUGUAAUAAUGAGAUCGAAUUUUUACAAGAUGAAAUGGAUUUCCAGUAUUCUGAAUGCGACGAGCGCGAGGUUCCGUUUCUGAGUAGUUUGAUCGGAUUCUUGAGCUAUUGCAGAGGAGUGAUAUUCGAAACUCUGGAUUCUCGCAACCCCUCAGAUUCCUCUGAAGGAAGGUGUAGUACAGAGACGAUUAAAUGCAUAAACCCAGAGGAUUUCCGGUGCCCAAUUUCGCUCGAGCUAAUGAAAGAUCCAGUAACUGUAUCAACAGGUCAGACCUACGAUCGAACUUCUAUACAACAAUGGCUGAAAUCAGGGAACAAAAUCUGCCCCAAAACAGGGGCAAAGCUAAAGAACACAGACUUAAUCCCGAACACAACGCUCCGAAAGCUGAUACAACAAUUCUGCGUCGACAAUGGCGUUUCUCUGACCAAAUUAAACAAUCCAGGUCGCGAUAUAGCGAAUACCACCGUCCCGGGAAGCCCUGCAGCAGCGCACGCCACGCAGUUUCUGUCGUGGUUUCUCGCUCGGAGGCUCGUAUUUGGAACAAUGGACGAGAAGAACAAAGCAUCAUAUGAGAUUCGUUUGCUCGCAAGAUCCAACAUUUUCAACCGGUCGUGUCUGAUCCAAGUGGGAACAGUGUCCCCUUUGCUCUUCCUUCUGUCCACGAGAGACAAAUCGACGCAAGAGAACGCCAUUGCUGCUCUGCUGAAGCUCUCAAAGCAUAACAAUGGCAAGGAAGCUAUAAUUGAAAACGGAGGCUUAAAGCCAAUAGUUACGGUUCUCAAGAACGGAUUAAGCCCAGAAUCGCGCCAGACCGCAGCAGCUAUCAUAUUCUAUCUAGCAAAGCAACACAGAAGAUUAAUAGGAGAAAACGCGGAGGUAAUUCCUUCUCUAGUUGAGCUGAUGAAGGAAGGAACAGCAUGCGGAAAGAAGAAUGCCAUGGUCGCGUUAUUCGGGCUUCUCGUACUCGCAAGUAACCAUAAAAGAGUACUUGAAGCCAAUACUGUUCCGGUGCUUGUUGAUAUCUUAGCUUCCUCAGAGAAGGAUGACGUGACGACAGAUUCGUUAGCAGUUCUUGCGGCUCUAGCAGAGAACAGUGAAGGAGCAGAAGCUAUGCUGAAAGUGUCGGCCCUGCCUUUGAUCACAGGGAUAAUGAAAUCGACAACGAGGAAAGUAGGGAAAGAACACUGCGUUUCGAUUCUUCUAUCUCUGUGCGUGAACGGAGGAGAAGAUGUGAUCGGUUUGAUGGCGAAGGACGUGUCGAUAAUGGCUUCCUUGUAUUCGCUUCUCACGGAUGGGACCAGUCGAGCGGCAAAGAAAGCUCGCUUUCUCAUGAGGAUUUUACAGCAAUUUAACGAGAAACCAACUUCUUCGGUUGCUCCACAGCAAACACUUGACGUUAUUGAUUUGUUAGGUAGAAAUUGAAAAGGCUUCCAUUUGCUCAUGUACAUACUCUGACAAAAUUUUGCUUCUAUUCUUGGUUCUUUAUGACGGAAGGGAAUUUGUGAAAUUAGCUCAUGUUUUUCUUCAAGGAGCUAAAUUCAUCCUCCUGUUGUAUUCUUUCCAAUUUGCUGGUUUGAAAUAAACGAUUUAAGCAGUGGCGUGAAUUUAGAUUCA